AAAUGGCACAUCUAUUUAAAUAUCUAAAAGUACACUCUUAACAUCAGUCAGUCAAGCAUUAUAAAUGUAUUAUGAUAAUCAAGUAUUAUUUAAUGAUAUAACUUUAGCAAUUAGAAUUAAAACUUGGUAACCAUGAAUACAGUCAUUUUAACUGAACUGGUGGUGGUGCUUUUUUGGUAAUUGAGUGUUUCUCUAAAAAAUGGGGGGGAAACUAUCAAUAAUACUGAUAAGAUAAUAAUCAUACUAUGAAUCCUACUAAGAACAAUAUAAAACGCACUAAGGAUUAACGAGCUGCUGGAUUCAUGAAUAUUAAUCACGUUGUCUGCGUUCGCUUGAACUGAUUUGCUGAAAUCAAAACAGGGACGAUUAUUGGUGAGCGCCAGCCAAUGAGAUUGUCGUUUGCUCAUUAGCUCCGCCUACUACUGGAGAACCGGCAGUUCUUAAAAGCUCAAGAAUUCCAAAGGAACUCCGUUAUUCUGACAGGAAAAUACAACAAAGAAUAUCGUUUACAUACCAAGCAGAAUUGACGCGCUACAUGCAAGACUCUCUCUCUCUCUUUUUGCGUGUGAGGAAAAAAGCAAAGCGACGGCGAGUCGUGCACUUCACACUAGAGCUUACGGUGCGUCAAAUACAGACUCAGAUGGGAAGCUGAUCAGAGGGACGCAGCUUGUCCAUAUGACCCUGAUGAUGCAUAACUGGGUCGUACCAUCACACAUCUUCAUCCAAAAGCUGCUUUCUCUAUAUAAGGAUUGUCCUGCAGAGAAAAGGGAACAGAGGCGCCUACAAAUCUGCCACUUCAUUAGGCAGUGGAUUAAUCAGUUCCGAAUAAUGUUUGAGGUGGAUCAUCUGUUAGAAGAAGUGAUGGGAGAUCUCUGGGCUCUGGUCAGGGGUGACGUAACCAGUCCAAUCGAUCAUCUCAUCAUUACACCAUACAUUAAUCCUCCAGUGAAUGUUUCCCAGACUCCCUCUCCCUCGGUGAAGAAAAGGAAAGUUUCACUGCUGUUUGACCACAUGGAACCAGAUGAGAUGGCUGAACACCUCAGCUACCUGGAGUUCAAAAACUUCUGCAACGUCUCAUUUCUGGACUACCGCAGUUACGUGGUCCAUGGCUCUGUGAGGGACAAUCCGGCGCUCGAGCGCUCUGUCAUGCUCUGCAACGGAGUCUCCCAGUGGGUCCAGCUCAUGAUCCUCAACAAACACACCUCACAGCAGCGAGCAGAGGUCUUCACCAAGUUCAUUCAUGUAGCACAGAAGCUGAGAGCCCUACAGAAUUUCAAUACUCUGAUGGCGGUGAUAGGAGGUCUGUGUCAUAGUUCCAUCUCUCGCCUCAAAGAUACAGCCAGCCUGCUGUCCUCUGAUGUCACAAAGACUCUCAGUGAGCUCACAGAGCUGCUGUCAUCCUACAGCAACUAUUCAAACUACAGGCGCGUGUACAACGACUGCACUGGAUUCAAGGUGCCCAUCUUGGGCGUUCAUCUCAAAGACCUGAUCUCCCUCAACGAGGCGCUGCCAGACUACCUCGAGGACGAUAAGAUCAACCUGGGGAAAAUGCAGCAUUUAUACAGCAACAUUAGCGACUUGUUGGCCAUCCAUGACUGCACCCCACCGUUUGAGGCCAACAAAGACCUGCUGCACCUGCUAACGCUCUCGCUAGACUUGUGUUACACGGAGGACGAGAUAUAUGAGCUCUCCUACACCAAGGAGCCCAAGAACCCCAAAAUUCAGCCCGUAGCUCCGGUGAAGCCCCCGGUGGUAGCCGAGUGGGGAUCAGGAGUGACUCCGCGUCUGGAUCCCGCCACCAUCUCGAAACACGUUAAACAGAUGGUGGAUUCUAUCAUGAAGAAUUAUGAUUUGAACAUGGACGGCUACAUUUCUCUGGAGGACUUUGAGAAGAUCGCUGCAAAUUUCCCCUUCUCUUUCUGCACACACGAGAGUGAUAGGGAAGGAGAGAUCAGUAGGGAGGAAAUCACUUCAUAUUUCAUGCGUGGGAUGUCGGUGUGUGCUAAACUCGGCUUCAACCUCCACAACCUUCACAACUUCCAUGAGACCACAUACAAAAGGCCCACAUUCUGUGACACCUGCGGAGGAUUUUUAUGGGGAGUCAUAAAACAAGGCUACCACUGCAAAGACUGUGGAGUAAACUGUCAUAAGCACUGCAAGGAUGUUGUGGGAAUGGAGUGUAUGAAGAGGUUCCAGAUGACCAGUAGCUCUUGUCCCUGCACCCCGGGCCCCGUAUCAGGCCUCCACACUAAGGGAAACAGCUGGAGUUCUGAAGAGGAAACAUUUGUCUUUCCUAAUGGAAACGGAUCCGAACACUCCAAGGGCCAAACUUCAUCAGACAGCGACGCAGAGGCCACACUAUCCGACAGGUCCACUCAAACAGACCCAGGAGUUUGGACACCGGUGGCCAAACGGAAAGAUCGCCUUCCUUCCCAGAAACAACAUCCACCACUUGAAAAGAGCGCUACGCUACCAGCAAGGGUGCGAGGUUCAUCUGCCCCUAGUUCUCUCCUACAGGAUAAAAUGGAUGAACUGAAGCUGAACAGAGAUAAACGAAAGGAACCAGACUGAACUAGUCUGUGCAUGUGGCCGUUUGUUUGUGUGUGGUGGAACUGUUAAAUACACUGGACAGAAAAGACUGAAGAACAUGUCCUCAUCUUUCUCGCCAACUGUCUUGUUCUAUUGUCUUCAACAGAUUGUUCAUGACGUUCAUUAAAUGUGAUGAAAUUCUAGCCAGAAGGGAUUUUAUUUAAGGAAUUACAGAUGGCCUGCUCCCUCGGGGCUCUUUAAAACCCUGUCGGUGGAUCCGUACUGUAAGAACUCCCUAUGCACCAGCGUCAACUGCCAGUGAAGACCAUAUCAAUGGACUUCACAUCUCCACAAGUACUCAAAAGUGGACUGCUACAUCAUCGAUCUCACUACCGCUCAUCUUUAUAUGAGACAGACAGACAGACUUUCUUACCUUUAUCACGGAGAGCGAGGUUCAGUUCGACUGAGUACAAAACUGUUGCCUUAAUAUUCACACUGUGACCAACUGUAUUGAACUUGAAGAGCAAGAAUGUACCUCCUCUGUUAAGGGAUGUGAUUUCGGUGCUGAUAUAAUACCCACAAUGCAUCACUGUGCCUUAUGUAAUGAACAAUUCAUUCAAUAGGAGACAAAGGGUGUUAUAUCACUGUUUAGAUCAAACAAUAGUCCUGUCUCAGUUCAAAAUGAUCUGAAUCUGCUUUGUUAGUGCUCGUGUCCAUUCGGUGUAUUAGAGCAUGAGCAUUAAUGAAAAAGAGCGGGAGAGUGACAUUAAAGGUCGAUUCAAACAAACACUGUGGACCUAUUUGAAAUUGUUUCUAAUAUGUUUUCUGUUAGAUCUUUUGUCAACUCCAACUUGAAUGUCUGUUUUACUAAAUCUUGAGUUUAGGCUAUAGAUUUUUAUUUAUUGAGGAAUGAUAAAGCUUAAGUAUUUUCCAUACAGCACUGCCUGAUGUGAUUAAAAUAUAAAUGAAAAACAACA